AUGGCCUCAAAACAAUCCAAAGCCGACCUCCGAAAACAAAUCAAAACCACCCUCAAAACCCUCUCGGAAGACCAAAUAACCACCCAAUCCCACCGCGCCCAACAACAAAUCCUCUCCCUCCCCCAAUACCGCUCCGCCACGCGCCUUUCAAUCUACCUCUCCAUGCCCGCCGCCGAAGCCCAGACUUCCCAGUUAGUCCGACACGCUCUGGGCAAUGACAAACAAGUCUUCGUGCCGUAUAUCCACCGUCCUGAGGGCGCGAAACGGAAGGUCAUUGAUAUGCUUCGCCUGCAUUCGCUGGACGACUACGAGGGGUUGGAACGGGAUAGUUGGGGCAUCCCGUCCCUGCCUGCUGACUCGGUGGAGGGGCGGGAGAACGCUAUGGGUGGAAAGGGAUUGGGGGAUGGAGAUGUAAUGGAGGCCAGUGGAGAUGGGGAGGGCAGGAAGGGGGGAGGUGAAGGGACGUUGGAUUUUGUUGUGGUGCCCGGGGUGGGGUUUGAUGAGGGAUGUAAUCGGCUGGGGCAUGGAGGGGGGUUUUAUGAUGGGUGGUUGAGCAGGUGGUGUUCGGAUGGGACGAGGAAGCCGUAUCUUGAGCAGAUGUUGCCAUCUGGACAGGAGAUCCCGAUCACUGAUAACGACUGGAUCGUGGAUGCGGUCGCCGUUGGUGAUGGACGACUACUGACUUUAGACGACUGA